UGAAAAAGAAUGAAUGAAAGCAUCUGAGGCGGCCACGUGGGCCGUCAUUCCGUCAGCGACUCUGCGGAGGCGAAGGAGGCGGUGAGUUCUGCAGUCGGUGUCAUCCUAAUCGACCAAACCCAACUCCGAAGGAAGUCUCCAAUCUCCAUCCAUGAAUCCAAUUAUUUCACAAACUCCAUUAAUCCAUACGUUAUGUGGUAAUAAUCUGUACUACUGAUACUAUUAAUCCUGAUUAUCCAUUAAUCCACCUCCCUCUGCUUGCUUAACCAAAAACCCAACAUAAAGUCCCCAUCCUUGUACCCAGUUCAUCACUCUUUCCACCCAAAAGAGGCGCCGCAGCCGCGGUUGAUGGAUGAAUUUGAUGAGAUGGGAUUUUCACUCAGUAGAUUGACACUAGAAUCUGACCAUUUUGAUCAUGGAAAUGCUGCCCUCCAUCCCAACAAACCAUUGCAUAAUCUAGAGCAUGAAGUAGCCCAGCUCACAAAGUUGAGAUCAAAUCCCAAUGAGCGGCUUACCCGAAUUGGACCUAGAAGGCAGGACUUACCCAUUUCCACUGUCAGGAUGCUGGCUGGUCGGGAGGGUAAUUAUUCGGGAAGAGGGGGAAGGUUCUCAUCCGCAGAUCUUUGCCAUGUUCUAAGUAGAUAUUUGCCGGUCAAUGGUCCUUGGCUUGUCGACCGAAUGUCUAGCCGAGCUUAUGUAUCUCAGUUUUCGGCAAAUGGAUCUCUUUUCAUUGCUGGGUUUCAGGAUAGCCAUAUUAGAAUAUACAAUGUGGAUAGAGGGUGGAAAGUCCAGAAGAACAUCCAUGUGAAAAGUAUGCGGUGGACUGUCACUGAUACGUCUCUUUCCCCGGAUCAACGCCAUCUUGUUUAUGCGAGUAUGUCCCCUAUUGUUCAUAUGGUAGAUGUGGGAUCUUCUGAAACGGAGUCUCAUGCAAAUAUAACGGAAAUCCACGAGGGUUUGGAUUUUUCCUCUGGUGAUGAUGAUGGAGGGUACUCAUUUGGUAUUUUCUCCAUAAAAUUCUCAACAGAUGGGCAUGAACUUGUUGCUGGAAGUAGUGAUGAUUCUAUAUAUGUUUAUGAUCUUGAAGCCAAUAAGCUCUCCCUUCGGAUUCCGGCACACUCGUAUGAUGUGAACACCGUAUGCUUUGCCGAUGAAAGUGGCCAUCUUAUUUAUUCUGGGAGUGAUGAUACUCUCUGUAAGGUGUGGGACAGACGUUGCCUUCAAACCACAGGGAAGCCAGCAGGAGUCUUGACAGGACACCUAGAAGGUAUUGCAUUCAUUGACAGCAAGGGAGAUGGUCGUUAUUUCAUUUCGAAUGGUAAAGAUCAGACCAUUAAACUUUGGGAUAUCAGGAAAAUGUCUUCUAGUCCCACUCGCACUCCAGGGCUUAGGAUUUCUGAGUGGGAUUACAGAUGGAUGGACUACCCAUCUCAGGCAAAAGGUAUGAAACACCCCUCUGAUCAAUCAGUAGCUACGUAUAGAGGACAUUCAGUCUUGCGCACGCUUAUUCGCUGCUACUUUUCUCCGGCAUAUAGCACCGGUCAGAAGUACAUCUACACGGGGUCUCAUAACUCUUACGUGUAUAUAUAUGAUUUGGUGACUGGAGCCCAAGUUGCAACACUCAAGCAUCAUAAAGCACCUGUAAGAGAUUGUAGCUGGCACCCCUAUUACCCGAUGCUUGUAAGCUCUUCUUGGGACGGGGAAGUUGUUAAAUGGGAAUUCCCCGGGAAUGAAGAAGCGCCGGCGCCUUUCCCCCGAAAGAGAGUCUGGAGGAGACAUUUUUCUUGAACAAACUGAACGGAGUUUCACACGAUCCGGUGAAUGUAUGUGCAGUGGAUGCGUGCAUUAACAAUUGCAUUCACCAAAUUCAGUUUUACAUAAAUAAAUAGCCAUGUACGUGCUAACUAUGAUAUAUCGAUCUUCCAAACCAUUCCUAUU